AUGCCUCCACGCAAGCGCGCGCGCGCCGAUACGGCCGCCGCAGCGCCAAAGACACCCACGAAACGCACAAAGAAGGCGGAAUCACCCCCACCGCCAGUCCCGACCAAGGCCAAGUCACCGACACCCGCAGACGAGCCAUCCGCGUCGCACCUCGUCUCCUUCCUCACGAGCUACACCGACCGAUACGAUGAGCGCGAGCAUGGUUCCGACUCGGACUCUGGAUCUUCUGACGGCGAGAAGGACGACGACUUUGAGGACCACGCAGACGAUGAUGACGACGACGAGACGCCAACGACACCCCUCCGAGGUCUCGUUGGCACGCCAGGACGGAGGAAGGCGCCAGCGACGACUCCGCGGAAGCGGGCCGCUGCGACGCCGCGUAAACCCAAGACGCCAAAGAAGGUUGAGCAAGAGGACGAGGGCUUCCUGCGAACAUCCCGCGCCGACAACUACUUUAUGAACGCGACGCGUGGAUCAAAGACGAGCGGCCUGUCUUACUCUGCCCUGGCCCGGCCGCUGAGCCAAGCAGAGUAUGAGGGUAUCGUGAGCGGCGCACGCGGCAAGACCAAGGCCGUGCAGGAAAAGCUCGAGGAGCUCGCCCGUUUCUUUCCGCAGUGGGCCUCGGAGCUCGAGACGGGCUUCAACCUCCUGCUGUAUGGGUACGGUAGCAAGCGCCGCCUCGUGAACCGGUUCGCGACCGAGACGCUCAACGACCUUGGCGAUGUUGUCGUCGUGAAUGGCACGUUUCCCGGAUUGGGACUAAAGGAGGUACUCGCAGCCCUUGAAACGAGGCUCCCGCUGAGCGACGAGGUGCCUGCUCCGCUUGGCGCUAGCCCGCUCGAGCGCGCAGCCUAUCGCGUUUACCAGUCUUACCGCUCCGGCAAGGAUCACCUGUACAUGAUCAUUCACAACAUUGACGCACCGGGCAUGAAGGCGCCAAAGAGUGUCGCGGCGCUGUCGUUGCUCGCCUCGUGUCCCGGCAUCCACAUUGUCGCGACAUUUGACCACGUCCACACCCCGUUACUGUUCAGCGCAACGCUGUCAAAUGCGCCCCCGCACCCUCCGACAGAGGACGAGAUUCCCUCAUCCCGCGGCUUCAACUGGAUCUACCAUUCGGCCCCAACGUUUGACGAUUACGAUGUCGAACUAUCGUAUGCGCGCCUGUCGUCGAGUGCGGCCCUCGGCCAGUCUUCUGGCACGAUAUCGGAAGAGGGCGCGCUGCAGAUUUUGCACAGUGUACCGCCCAUGGCCGCGCGACUGCUCAAACUCAUCCUGCUCAAACAGUUGGACAAUGGCGAGGGACCACUGAUGGGUGUCGGCGGUGCAGCGCCCGCGUACGCUCUCGAUGUUGAUCUGGUGCAGAAAGCUGCGAGGGACAAGUUCAUUGCCCGCGAGGAGGAGCGCUUCAAUGCUCUUUUGGGCGAGUUCAAGGACCACGGACUCGUAGUGACGGCCGAACUGGACGCGGAGGGCCGCCAGGGCCGUUGGGCGUGGGUGCCACUGCCGCGCGCCGCUAUCGAGCGCAUUCUCGACGAGAUGAAGAAUGUAGAGGCCUAG